AUGCGAGCACGGCAUUCCCAUCCCACACUUUGGGUGACAACACCAACGGCUGCACCUCUGCCGGCCCUCACUGUGAGUCCUCGGCCCCUGCCGCUCCUCCUUACCUUGGGUUCCCGAUACCUCAACCCCCACAGCAAGAACCACGGCGCGCCCUCGGACGAGGACCGCCACGUUGGUGACCUCGGCAACAUCAAGACCGACGCCCAGGGCAACUCCAAGGGUUCCGUUCAGGACUCUUUCAUCAAGCUGAUCGGCCCCCACAGCGUUAUUGGCCGUACCGUCGUUGUCCACGGAGGCACCGACGAUCUCGGCAAGGGUGGUCACGCCGAGUCCCUCAAGACCGGUAACGCCGGCCCCCGUCCCGCUUGCGGUGUCAUCGGCAUCUCUAACUAA